AUGAUCUUUUUCUUCUUUUUUUUCUUUUCCAACACCCCUUUUUUUAAAACAUGCAUUUCUUUGUUUAUUGUUACUUCUUCUCCUUUAAAUUGUCUUCUACAUCUUUUAUUGUUCCUUUUUCUUCUUUUAUCACUGCAAGUAUCCUUCUUCUUCUUCUUCUUCUUCUUCUUCUUCUUCUGUUUCCAUUUGUCCUUUCUUCUAUUUUCUUUGUGCCUUCCUUACUUCUGUUUUCAUUUAUCACAUCUUUUUUUCCCGUUUUCUUUUGCCCUUUCUUCUUUUUAUGUUUUCGUUUGUCCUUUCUUCUUUCCUCUGUUUUCAUUUACCCUUUCUUCUUUUUCAUCUUCUUGUUCUUUGUCAGUUUUCAUUUGUCCUUUCUUCUAUUUUAUUUGUUCUUUCUUUUUCUUCUGUUUUCAUUUAUCACAUCUUUUUUUCUGUUUUCUUUUGGCUUUCUUCUUCUUCUUCUUCUUCUUCAGUUUUCAUAUGUCCUUUCUUCUUCUUCUUUGUUCUUCAUUUCUCCUUUCUACUCUUCUUUAUUUGUCCUUUCUUCUUUUGUUUUUAUUUACAAAAUCUUCUUCUUCUUCUUCUUCUUCUUCUUCUUCUUCUUCAUUCCUCUGUUUUCAUUUGUCCUUUCUUCUUGUUUGUCUCCUUUAA